CAGUGCUUCGCGUGAUAAUUUUAUAACAAAAGAAAAGGCUAUUUUUUGAAAACAAUGAUGGUGAUAACACGAUUAAGUUUCUUUUAAACGUUAAAGUAGUGUGAUCGUUGUUGCGGAUGCACCAACCCAACGCUAUUAAUAGCUGAGGCAGCAGGGCACUGCCAAUGUUAUCAAACAAAUAUUCUAGACUAGAAUAGAAGUUUUGAACUCCUCUACUUAUGUCGCAAUGUUUUUGCCGCUGAUGCACUAAAAUCAGGUUGCGGGCGUGUUAUUUUAAGUGUUCGUCCGUUGAAAAUUGAGCAAACAUGGAUUUACUCGAUCUGCCUGUUGUUAUGAUUGAGAAUAUUCUGUCAUACUUAACAUAUGACGAAAUCGCGAAGAAUAGAGUGGUAUGUAAAGCGUUCAAUGAGCUGUCGAUGCGGAUGCUUAACCGAGGGUUCCUAAUGAUUGAGAGACGUCAUGCACUCGCACUCAAGACCGUUAAAGCUCAGCUGCCGAGGCGGGAGUCGGAGCGCAGAUACCACCCUUUGGCACGGCACUGCGACAUCCUCACGUCGAUCGAGACGCGUAUAUCGAUGCUCAACAUGACAUACUCCAAAUUUAUCGAUAGUGGUGUAUGCUGUUUUAUACCCGGAAAGGUAAUAGAUGAAAUCCGUCGCGUCCUACACAUAGCCGAGAAUUCCAAAUCUCCCCCAAGAGCCCACGAGGUCCUACAGGAACUACGGGACAUCUCCAGCAUGGCUAUAGAACAUUUCGACGACAAGAUAUCACCGGCUUUAAGGGCGAGGUUGCAGCAACAAGCCGCGCCUAUGCAGCCGAGACCACAUGUAUUUUCUCCGCUCGCGAUACGUCAGGAGGUGUCAUCGCUUCGCCGUCGCUCCAUACUGAACGCCAAGCUGUCCCUGUAUCUCGCCACACAGUACAAGAAGUACCACAACAAAAUGAUGGAGUAUCAGAAAAUCGCGUGGCGGCAGCGUAUCGUCAUACGGCGAAUGCUGGCUCGUCAGAGAAGACAGGAGGCUAAUAUUGCGGAACUUAAGCGUCGUAUAGACGAGUGCGACAUACGCUAUAGCGAGCUCACACACACGAAACCGACGGUCGGGCCUAGUAUUUCAGGAGCGGAAUCUCCGCCGCCAACCGCGCCGCUGCGUCACUUCGGUAGUCAGAUCAAAUUGGACCUAUCCGUGUUGCCUAUUGGCACCAAUCGCCGAGGUCGCAACUUGCUGCCGAACAUAAGGCCUAGAAAACCGUUGAUCCGUAUGCCAAGUCUGUCUGAAGACCCCACACCGCCAGACACGCCAUCUACUUCCCACGACGCGGCGAGACCCAGCCCCAAAACCAAGGCCCAAUCCACGUUAGCCAAGAUACGUGGUAUCACCAAUGAGAUACGUCACCUGACCAACUUAUCUCGCAACAUUGAGGGCACGAUGAAAAGACCGCAUUGCACCGCUGAGGAUUUAGAAGAGGUGAAAAAGAUGAAACUAGAGUAACCGUACAA